AUGCAGUUCUCUCUUCUCAAGCUUGCCACCUACGCUGGCCUCAUCCAGGCUGCUGCCGCCGCCGUCCCUGUCGGUGUCGAGAUCAAGAAGUGCACUGUCGACAGGAACAUUGCCCUCACCUUCGACGAUGGUCCUUUCGAGUACACCAACGAGCUCCUUGAUCAGCUCAAGAAGUACGGCUACAAGGCUACCUUCUUCAUGAACGGCCAGAACUGGGCCAACAUCAACGACUACGCUGCCACUGUUAAGCGAGUCGUCGCCGAGGGUCACCAGCUUGGCUCCCACACUUACAGCCACCCUGACCUCGCUACCGUCAGCAACUCUGAGGCUCGCACUCAGAUGACCCGUCUCGAGGCCGACUUCCUCAAGAUCGUCGGAAAGUACCCUACCUACAUGCGACCUCCCUACUUCAGCUACACCUCCAACACCCUCUCCGUCAUGAAGACCCUUGGCUACCAUGUCAUCGGUGCUGAUGUUGACUCCCUUGACUGGGAGUACAACACUCCUGCUGAGACCAACACCGCUCUCAAUCUCUUUAAGAAGGGUAUUACCGCCGGUGGUUCCAUCUCUCUCUUCCACGACGUCCACCAGAACACUGUCCGCAACCUCAUGCCCAAGGUCCUCGACGCUGUCUCCCGCAGCACCCGUAUUCCCGUCACUGUCGGCCAGUGCCUCGGCGACCCUUCUGCCAACUGGUACAAGACCACCAAGCGCACCAAGCGUGACCUUGAGGAGAUUGACGCCGCUGAGGAGAAGGAGGUUACUGAGCGUGCUCUCGCCAACUACGUUGAGCACUCCCGCUUCCGCCGCCACACCAAGGCUUAA